UUUCUUUUGUAAGUCGUUUUGGGAUGUAAGAGUGUCUUCUGUUUUGUGUUGAUUUCAUUGGCUAAAUAAACUACCUUGGCUUUUUGAUAGGGCAGAAUUUAGAUAGGUGGAGUAGACUGAACAGAAUGCUGGGAGAAAGAAAGCAGAGUCAGGCAGACACCAUGCUUCUCCUACCCAAGACACGGUGGUUAGACUCAUGCCGGUAAGCCACAGUCAAGUGGUGAUACACAUUAUUAGAAAUGGGUUAAUCAAGAUGUGAGAGUUAGCCAGUAGGAGGCUAGAGCUAAUGGGCCAGGCAGUGUUUAAAUGAAUACAAUUUGUGUGUUGUUAAUUCAGGUGUAAAGCUAGCCAUGUGGGAGCCAGGUGGGACGAAAAGCAGGCCUGCUUGCCUCAUCACUACGGUUUUGGUCAUGGUGUCUCUUUGCUGCCGUUGAAAAGUAAUUUAGUGGGGGCUGGAGAGAUGGCUCAGUGGUUAAGAGCACUGACUGCUCUUCCAAAGGUCCUGAGUUCAAUUCCCAGCACUCCCAGGGUGGCUCACAACCAUCUGUAAUGAGAUUUGGUGCCCUCUUCUGGCCUGCAAGCAGAUGUGCAGGCAAAACACUGUAUACAUAAUAAAUAAAUCUUUAAAAAAGUCUAAGAAAAAAAGUAAUUUAGCAAGGACUCAAGUGUAAGGAAAGCUGCUGCUCACUUUUAGGGGUGUCUUUGCAAUUCAAUUAAUUCAACACAUUCAGAGGCUAACCUAAUCUAAACCAGGGCAGGGGUGCCCAAAGGCUGGUCUCUUGUCAAGUGGCAAACAACAGUAAACAUGAAUAGUAGAUGCCACGGUGGUGUUGAGGAGCCGAGAAAGUGAGCUGGGUUUGGAGCAAAGAGUAAGCGCAUGGCGUCCAGAAAGGUCACGGGCUGGGUGAGGAACAGGCUGGCCAGUGAGCUCAACAUGGACAUCAGAGAACACACAACACACACCACGCAAAUGACCUCAGCCAUUUGGAGCUCCUUACAAAAUGCAUCGGUGUCCUUGAACGUUAAUUCAAACGGUCUCCUGGCUGACAGUUCCAAUUAGCUUAUACUAAAUUCGGGGCACGAAAUAAAUUCUUUAUUUUUAACACAAGGAGGCUUCUAAUUCUUAUUAAUAGGCCAUCAGGUUCCUUUCGAUCGCACCAUGACCAGAUAUUUUAAGAACAAUGACCUAAUUAUGCACCAGAUUGUUAGCUUUCUGGAAAAGCACAUUAACCUCCAGCUGCCCUGGGCGGAGGCCUUUAGCUGUCCUCUCUGUCAAAAGCGGGCCGUUUCACUGGCUGGGUGAGCAGAAGUCAGUAGACUGUAAACUGCUUUCAGUACCCCACAGGCUGAUUGGGAACACUUUUUUCUAGCACAUUUUUUCCCGGCAGAUGUCUUAGAAGUAAAAUGUGACCAUCGCUAUGUGGUGAGCAGUGUGUGCUGCAUGCGUCCAUACUCCACCCCUAACUUUUGGUUAUCUUUUUUUCUUUUUGGUGUGUGUGUGGGGGGGUCGAGGCAGGGUUUCUCUAUGUAUCAGUCCUGGCUGUCCUGGAACUCACUUUGUAGACCAGGCUGGCCUCGAACUCACAGAGAUGCACCUGCGUGCGCCCCCACUCCCAGCAGGAACAGGGAUUCUCGCUCUCUAGGUCUGUGUGCAGUUUGUGUGCAGAAUUACCGGGUCCUCAACACACAUCGGUUCGGGUUCAGACCGGAAAGGGUGAGGGUCAAAGUGGAAAGGUCGAGGGGCGAGCCUGGGUCUGAGAGCUCUCGGGACCUCCGUUGCCUCGGCGACCUCGGCGGAGGGACGGCGUCACCGAAGUUGCGUCUCGGUGCUUUGCGGUCCGAGGUCCCCGGGGUUUCCCGCCGGGCGCAUGCUCCGUAAAGCGACCGGACGCCCACACCAACGCCGACGCGGUUGCCUAGAGACACGUAUUUUCCCAAGAUGCUUAGCAGUGUUGUGUCUUCUGAGCCAAUCAGAGCUAAGAGGCAGCUUCGCCGUCGACCAAUAGAUGGCGAGGCCGCGGCCCGCGACGGUUGACCCGGUGGCCGGUAGCUCUCGGGCUCGGCAGGCGGCUGGCGAGUCGGGGAUCGGCGCGGUUCCCCGGGCGGCAGCGCUGCUCGGCGCCGUGGACCUGCAGCGGGCUGAGCCUGGGCUCCGGGCGGCGCGGCUAAUUCUGUGCGGGUCGUGGGUCGGGGUCCUGCGAGGAUCCCGGGGAGUGGACACCCGCCAUGCCGUCCCGGGUGGAAGACUACGAGGUGCUGCACAGCAUCGGCACCGGCUCCUACGGCCGCUGCCAGAAGAUUCGGAGGAAGAGCGACGGCAAGAUCCUGGUGUGGAAGGAACUCGACUAUGGCUCCAUGACAGAGGUGGAGAAGCAGAUGCUUGUGUCUGAAGUGAACUUGCUUCGGGAGCUGAAACAUCCCAACAUCGUCCGUUACUAUGAUCGCAUCAUCGACAGAACUAACACAACCUUGUACAUCGUGAUGGAGUACUGUGAAGGAGGGGACCUGGCCAGUGUCAUCACUAAGGGGACCAAGGAAAGGCAGUACUUAGAGGAAGAGUUUGUGCUUCGAGUAAUGACUCAGUUGACCCUGGCCCUCAAAGAGUGUCACAGAAGGAGCGAUGGUGGCCAUACUGUGCUUCACCGGGAUCUGAAGCCAGCCAACGUCUUCCUGGACAGCAAACACAACGUCAAGCUUGGGGACUUUGGACUUGCAAGAAUUUUAAACCACGACACGAGUUUUGCAAAAACAUUUGUUGGCACACCUUAUUACAUGUCUCCUGAGCAAAUGAGCCGCUUGUCCUAUAAUGAGAAGUCGGACAUCUGGUCGCUGGGCUGCCUGCUGUAUGAGCUGUGUGCAUUGAUGCCUCCAUUCACAGCUUUCAAUCAGAAAGAGUUAGCUGGGAAAAUCAGAGAGGGGAGAUUCAGGCGGAUCCCCUACCGCUACUCUGAUGGGCUGAAUGACAUCAUCACUCAGAUGCUGAAUUUAAAGGAUUACCACCGACCUUCAGUGGAAGAAAUUCUGGAGAGCCCUUUGAUAGCAGACUUGGUUGCGGAGGAGCAGAGGAAGCAUCUGGAGAGGAGAGGACAGCGCUUAGGCGAGCCUUCGAAGCUGCAGGCCUCCAGCCCUGUGCUGAGUGAGCUCAGGUUGAAGGAAAAGCAGCUGCAGGAGCGAGAGCGAGCGCUCAGAGCCCGAGAGGACAGUCUGGAGCAGAAGGAGCGUGAGCUUUGUAUUCGAGAGAGACUGGCAGAGGACAAGCUGGCCCGAGCCGAGAGUCUGCUGAAGAGCUACAGCUUGCUGAAGGAGCAGAGGUUCCUGUCCCAGGCCAGUGCCUCAGAACUUGACCUUCCAUCGUCAGCAGUGAGGAAGAAGGUUCAUUUCCGUGGGGAGAGCAAAGAGAAUGCCUCAAGGAGCGAGGAUGCCGAGAGCCAGCUUGCCAAGUCCAAGUGCAAGGACCUGAAGAAGAGGCUUCAUGCUGCCCAGCUGCGGGCCCAAGCCCUGUCGGAUAUAGAAAAAAACUACCAGCUAAAGAGCAGGCAGAUCCUGGGCAUGCGCUAGACCAGCAGGGUGGAGCUGGGCAGUAUUGACGCUGCCAGCCCACUGGAGAUUGGUCCUCGCUGCUGUAGUUUGUGUGUCUGGUUCUGAGCUUGGCCUUUGUGCACAGUGAGUGUGAUGCUGGGAUUGUCUGUGCUCUGUCUCAGCAGCAGGGCUACAAGAUGGACGUGUCUCCCUUUUCCCCCUAAUAUCCCUGUGUAGAAAACACGGUGCCUUUGCUGGCCAGGCCUUUAUCCUGUGUGCCAUUACUACUGGGAAUAUGAGAUGGGACAGUGCAGAUUUGGAAGAUGAUGUUAGGGAAGGAAUACAAACCUGCAGGCCUACUGAGCAGUUUACAUGGCUGAGUGGUGUGCCUGUAUCUGUCACGCUUAGGUUUACACUGAAAAUCUGUGCAGCAGGAGCGGUGUGCCCAGCACCUGCUGUCCGCAACCAUGAUGAGGAACAUGGUCUGGCCUCUUACUGUCAUCAGCUGCCUAGUGGUGGUCGGGUGUUGGUGAUUCCUGCCUUCACUGCAGUUGCCGCUGUGACUCUUCCCUCUUAGGGUCACGCUCUAGAGGUCAGGGAGGCAGGGGAGGCCUUUUUAGUAUGGGAUAUUUUAGGGAGAGACCGGAGACCCAGCCAUCGACCCAACAGCCCAGCAUUUUAAUGCGGUUCGUCUCAUGAUUAAAUACCCAGACUUCUUGCAUUUUAAAA